AUGACGACCCAGCAAAUUCAACCAAAACGUGGAGUUGUAAAACAAGUCCUCUCUGGGGAUUCUGUUAUUAUAAGAGGACUUACAGGCGCCCCUCCACCAGAAAAACAAAUUAACUUUUCUGGAAUUGUUGCUCCAAAAUUAGCCAGGAGAGCUGGAGAAUCUAGUGAAAUUACAAAGGAUGAACCAUGGGCCUGGGAAGCAAGAGAAUUUUUGCGUAAAAAACUUAUUGGUGAAGAAGUAUUUUUUACCUCUGAAAAGCCUCCAAAUACAAACCGCGAAUAUGGAAACGUAUUCUUGGGAAAAGACCUGAAUACAGCAGAGAACAUUACCGAAGCGUUGGUAUCAGAAGGUCUUGUAAGUGUACGUCGCGAAGGCUUGCGUCAGACCCCAGAAGUAGCGCGCCUCUGCGAACUGGAAGACGCUGCCAAGUCUGCUGGGAAGGGUAAAUGGAGCACUAGCCCACCCUCUGAACAUGUUCGCGAUAUCAAAUGGUCCAUUGAUAAUAUGAGAGCUUUUCUUGACAAACAAGAUUACAAGCCUAUCAAGGCUGUAAUUGAACAUGUUAGGGAUGGUUCAACUGUAAGAGCUUUCCUUCUGCCUGAUUUCCAUCAUAUUACUCUUAUGAUUUCUGGUAUUAGGUGUCCAGGAUUUAAAUUAGAUGACAAUGGCAAACCAGAUCCUAAUGCUGAAGUAGAAUUUGCAGCUGAAGCAAAAUAUUUUGUUGAAAUAAGAUUGCUCCAAAGGGAUGUUGAAAUUAUUUUGGAGUCUGUUAAUAACAACAACUUUGUUGGCACUAUUCUGCAUCCAAAAGGCAACAUUGCUGAAGCCCUUUUGAAGGAAGGUUUUGCACGUUGCGUUGAUUGGUCUAUUGCCUUUAUGCGCUCUGGAGCAGACAAACUUAGAGCAUCUGAAAGACAAGCUAAAGAAGCAAAACGCAGGCAGUGGAAAAAUUGGCAAUCCAAUGCUCCUCAAAUAACCGGAAAGGAAAAAGAAUUUACUGCUACUGUUGUGGAAGUUAAUAACGGCGAUGCCCUCAUACUAAAACUCCAAAACGGACAGCAAAAAAAAGUGUUUUUGUCGAGCAUUCGUCCACCAAAAGAAGCUAACAGAUCAGCGGAUGAAGAAGGUAAACCAGUCCAGAGACCUAAAGGUUUCCGUCCACUUUAUGAUAUUCCAUGGAUGUUUGAGGCUAGAGAGUAUUUAAGAAAAAAACUUAUUGGCAAAAGAGUUAAUGUAGUAGUUGAUUACAUCCAGGAAGCGAGGGACAGCUAUCCUGAGAAGACUUGUGCAACUGUUUCUAUUAAUGGAAAAAAUGUUGGCGAAGCUUUGGUCUCCAAAGGAUUGGCUUAUGUUGUAAAGUACAGACAAGAUGAUGAUCAACGUAGUUCAAGAUACGAUGAUCUGUUAACUGCGGAAAAUAAGGCUUUGAAAUCGCAACUUGGUGUGCAUUCAAAGAAGGAAGUAGCUGCACAACGGGUUACUGAAAUUGAUUCCGCCAGAGCCAAAAUGGAACUUUCAACCUUCCAACGCGCCCAGAGAAUCGAUGCUAUUGUUGAAUUUGUUGCCAGUGGAUCCAGGUUGAGACUUUACAUUCCAAAAUCCAACAGUCUUUGCACUUUCCUUUUAGGAGGGAUUAGCUGCCCAAGAGCAUCUCGUCAAGCUUCCGGUACAGCUCCAGCUUCACCUGCUGAGCCUUAUGGUGAUGAAGCUCUUUACUUUACCAAGGAACGUUGCAUGCAGCGUGAAGUUUCUAUUCAAGUUGAUUCUCACGAUAAAGCCGGAAACUUUAUUGGCUGGCUUUGGGUGGACAACAAUAACAUGUCAGUUUUGCUUGUCAAGGAAGGUUUGGCAUCCGUUCACUUCACUGGCGAAAAAUCUCAGUUUGCAUCACCUCUAAAAGCUGCUGAAGAUAGUGCCAAACAACAAAAGUUAAGAAUAUGGAAGGACUAUGUAGAAGAAAAGGUAGAGGCCAAGAAAGAAGAAGACAGCAAAGUGCCAGCUGAAAGAAAAGUGAAUUUGGAAGAUGUGGUCGUAACAGAAAUAACAGCAGAAGGUACGUUCUUUGUCCAAAGAGUGGCUGACGGUCCAAAAGCCGAAUCCUUGUUAGCUAAAAUGAGACAAGAAUUCGAAGCUAGUCCGCCUCUUCCCGGUGCAUAUACACCUAAGCGUGGAGAAGUGUGCGCCGCUAAAUUUAGCGUUGACGACGAAUGGUACCGAGCAAAGGUAGAAAAGGUGCAAGGAAGCAACGCAACCGUUCACUACAUUGACUACGGUAACCGAGAAACCAUACCUGUGACUAGAUUAGCUAAGUUACCCGCCGCAUACGUCAGUGACAAAGCAUUUGCCACAGAAUUCGCUCUUCCCUAUUGUUCCCUGCCUAAAGACGACGAGUACGCCGACACUGCCAUCAAGUAUCUAAAACAGGAUGUGCUAGUUCCUAAACUACAACUUAACGUUGAAUACAGAAACCAAGGGACACUUCCGGCCGCCUCUUUACAUUCCGACAAAGGAGACCUCUUUAAAAGCCUAAUUGAGGAAGGUCUUUUACUUGUAGACAACAUUAAGAGCAGAAGACAAAAUAAAUUGUUGGAUUCUUAUAGAGCAGCUCAGGACGUUGCUAAAAAGGAACAUAGCAAUAUCUGGGAAUAUGGAGACAUAACCGAAGAUGAUGCUAAAGAGUUUGGACUUGGAAAAUAG